AAGAAUUGAACCAUUCUGCACACAGUAGAUCCACCACAUGGCCGGAAGUCGGAGAAAUAUCGUCAUAGCAAGAUGGUGGCCACCAGGAGAGGAGUACUCGUGUGCUCCCCAGUUAAAACAAAAACAAAUUCCGAUGAAUCUCCUGAUGUUCCGGCCACCCCAUCCACCGCCCACAGAACAAGACGUGCAGCGAAACAAUCGCAAAACUCGGAGGAAGAAUCCAGAAACCAGCCCCGGGAGAGCUCCGUAGAGUCCAUCCCGUCUUCACAGAACAGACGGCCGGUCAGAAGAUGCACGAAGCAUUCCCGGCUUCACAGUCCGCCGCAGCCCUCCACCCCAGCAGACUCCGACAUGGAGUCCGGCUGCUCUGCCCUGUCCGACAGCGAGCCUCAACCCCACAGCACCAAGAAGAUGGACGGGAAGGCCCAGCCACCCCGCACCACUAGCCAGGAGGGCGAGGCGGGCUCCGAGGCGGAGUCGUGCUCGUCGCCGCCGUCCGAAAAGCGGCGCGCACGCCGGAGUAUUCGAGCGAGGAAAACCCCGGAAAAGCCCUGCACGUCCCAGAGUGACCUAGGGGAGCAGGAGGCCAGCGCCCAGAGGGCCACCCGGAGCACCCGAAGGAGCACCCGCACCAGGGCGUCGGCGAAGACACCGGGGGAAUACAGCGAACUCUCGGACGCCGACAGCUGCGCGUCCGGCUUCGCCGAAGGACCGCCGUCCACCGUCCGAGCGACCCGUUCGGCCCGGCGCGCGCCCCUCAGCCAACCCAUCCCCCUCCACCUGGACGCGGCCUCGGAGGGCUCGCAGUCCCCCGCCCGCCCCGCCAGGGGUAGACCCCGAGCCGCCAGGGGGUAUGCGGCCUCCGACCUGUCCUGCGACUCCGAGGGGUUAGAGUCCGGGCCGAGCACGCCGUCGCGCCGGAGCACCCGCGCCGGCUCCCGGUCCGCCGCCACCGCCACCGACUCUGACUCGGAGGUCCUCCAGGCGACCCUGGUCCAGAGCAGAGAGGCCAGGCUCUCUGUGGUCCUGGAGAGGGUUGUGGCGGAGGAGCCCGGCGAGGGCCCGCUGAGCGAGUCCACGCUAGAGGACACGGUGGUGGAGGAUAAGACGGUCACCUUGGGCGACGACGAGGAGCUGGAGCUGGGGGAGGAGGACGCGACGAAUGCCGACGUCAAGUCCGUCUGCGACGCGCCAGAGGGGGCAGAGACGAUCCGGGUCGGACAGGAGGGCAGCGUGGCGGUGUCUGUGGCGCCCGGCGACAGCGCGAUGGAGGACGCCGCCGAGGCACCGCCGCCGACGGAGGGCAUCGAGGGGGGGGUCUCCGGCGAGAACGAGGACGUGACGUCCUCGGCAGGCGGUGAGGUGACCGCCGAUGACCAGCAGAGGGAGGAAGAGCCGCCAACGACCCAGGAAGCGACGCCAACGACCCAGGAAGAGACGCCAACGACCCAGGAAGCGACGCCAACGACCCAGGAAGAGCUGCCAACGACCCAGGAAGCGACGCCAACGACCCAGGAAGAGCUUCCACAGGAACAGGAAGUGCCACCGUCGGUGCAGGGGGAGGCGGAGGCGGCCUCAGAACCAAUAGAAAUAGAGGACAUGGAGGUGGACGCCUCAGACAAAGAAGCCCGGCAGCAAGGAGGCUCGGACCGGGCGAUCGUGCCGGAAGCCGAGCCAGCCGAAGACCCGCCCAUUCAAGUGACCAGCAGCCAGGAACCCAAGGUCAAAGUGGAGCCCUUCCCGGAGCCCGCCCCCCAGCGCCCCGAUGUGGUGGUCCGACAAAAGACGGCGGUCAUCAGCCUGCUGGACAGCAGUGAAGAAGAGGAGGAUGAUGAAGUGGUAGGCGAUGACUGCGUGAUUCAGGAGGAGGAGGAGGACGACGACGACGACAACGUGGAAAUUGUGGAGCCGGCGGGUCCUUCAGCGCUUCCCGACGCCACGGGGGCCGGCGGUCUGUUCAUGAUUGACACGCGGCCCGGGCAGGAGGCGGACCUGCAGUACCUCAAGGAGGGAGGGGAGGAAGAGGACGAGGACGAGGAGGAGGACUUUGUGGACGAAGAGGGGGAGGACGACGACGACGAAUACAACCGAAUGCUCUUCUAUAAUAGGAAUCCUCAGACGCAGGAGUGUUCCACUCGUAUUGACCCAGGCCUGAGAGUGAAGGAGUUCGGGGGAUUAUACAUCAAUUUCGAUGGAAGCAAAUCAAAACCUGUCUCCAACUCGCUGCAAAACCUGAAGGAUCCAAAGAUCCAAGAUGUGGCGAUGAAGAACAGCGUGUUGGGCCCCGAGUUUGAGAAGCAGAGCGCGGCGCCGGCCUACAACGAAGCCAAGCGGAGCUUGAAACUCAAACGCAAAGAGGAGCGCGACAAGUCGACCGGCGACGGUUGGUUCAACAUGAAGGCCCCCGAGCUCACGCCGGAGCUCAAGGCCGACCUCAAGGUCAUCAAGAUGAGGGGCGCCCUGGACCCCAAGCGCUUCUACAAGAAGAGCGACCGCGACGGCCUGCCCAAGUUCUUCCAGGUCGCUACCGUGAUGGACAGCCACGUGGACUUCUUUCAUUCCCGGCUUCCGAAGAAGGAUCGGAAGAGGACCAUGGCGGAGGAGUUGAUGGCCGACUCAGAGUUCAGACGGAAAAACAAGAAGAAGUACCUGGAGAUCAUGGCAGAAAAGACUGCGGCUGCUGCCGGCCGCUCUAAAAAGAAGAGGUUUAGUCAGAAGAAACCAGCAGCGGUCUGAGCGGGUCCAGGCAUUCAGAUCAUAGUUAUCUCACGCCUUCAUUCAUAAUGUAAACCAGACUCCCAAAGAGAGGCCUAGCCAUAAGCCUUCUGGGUCCUAUAUAAUAUAAAGAGUGUUUAGCAUCAAGAAUAUGAUACAUGCUUCCAGGAUUGAAUAAUUGCUAACAUGUGUAUUAAGUACACAGGUUUACUAAGUUGAGUGCAUUUUUUAUUAAUGAAUAAAAAUAUGUACACUCAUAUGAUUAUUCAAUGGAAACGAUUGUACUGUAUUAACUGGAUGUUUGGCCACCAAUAAUCAAUCUUGCAAUAAAGUUUUUAGGUGUGCAUUUUU